CCCCCACGGCACGUUUCAAGCUGAGCCACCUGCCAUGGCUGUCAGUCCAACCAGGAGGGCCAAGCGUGCCCAUAGGCUGGCCUCUGUCACGAAGAGGGUGUCGAGCCUGUUGGAUGCACUGGCCAUUUUGGACAACCUCUCAGCGCUCGAUGCUCCGACGAAGAGGAACCGCAGCACCCUGGUCGCGCGAGAGAGGCGGCCUUUCGAGACGUACAUCAAGCCGAUGCUGCAAGACCACACGUUCUCGAUGCGCUUUCGCAUGGAGUACGAUGACUUCAGGGUUCUAGUAGAUCACCUGCGACCUGCCCUGCAGCAGAACGAGAAGACGGGGCUGCUGCGCAACGGCGCCAUCCCGGUGGAGUACCAGGUCGCGAUGACGUUGAGAUGGCUCGCGGGGGGGUCCAUCUACGAGUACAUGGACGGCCAUGUCAUCGCGAGGAGUACGGCAUACCACGUAACGUCGACCGUGAUCAACGCCCUGAAUGCCUGUCCGGAGUUGAACUGCAAGUGGCCAGAGGGUGAAGAUCUGCCAGAGCCGCCGAGCUUUUCCGCAACCGCAGCUCUUAUGGAUGUCGUCCGGAAGUGCGUGGGAGCCAUGGAUGGCUUGUUUGUCCGGAUGAUCAAGCCGAGCGCGAAGGAGGUCGCAGAGCCCAACUUGUAUUACAAUGGGCACAAGAAAGGCUUCGGCAUGAACUUCCAGGUGUGCAGCCAAAACGACCGCACCGCGUUCAACUUUUCGGGGUUCGACAAGCUCUUGGCGGGCUUGCCCGAAGGUCACUUUGUCGUGGGCAACGCCGCCUAUGGGGCGUCCGAGCGCGUCGUCGUCCCGUUCCCGGGGACGAGCCCUCCGCANGAGCAGACCUACGGCAUUCUGGUCAGGAGAUGGGGCAUCCUCUGGCGCCCCAUGGAGGUUCGCAUCGAGAAGUUCGAGCACGUGGUGAACGCCGUCGUUCGCCUGCACAACUUCUGUUGGGAUCGAAAGGUGGACGUCCCCACGGAGAACACGGGGUCUGCGAUUCCUCCACCCGAGGUCGCUUUUGACGACGACGGCCUCAUCAGCAGCGACUACUUCGAGACCGUUCCAGUGCGUACCGGGCGCCCGGUGAAGGACCAGGCUAAGGCGUCGAAGCCGAGGGAGGCCAUCCGCAAGGAGCUGGAGGUGGCCGGCUUGAUGAGGCCAGAGCACAACAUCGCCAGGAGCCACAAACGCGCAAGUUAGAGUGCUGUCGGAACCUUAAACUU